AUGAAAAUACCUCUUUCAUCAGAUGGUGAGAUGAAAGCAACUCUUUCAUCAGAUGGUGAGAUGAAAGUAACUCUUUCAUCAGAUGGUGAGAUGAAAGCAACUCUUUCAUCAGAUGGUGAGAUGAAAGCAACUCUUUCAUCAGAUGGUGAGAUGAAAGUACCUGUUUCAUCAGAUGGUGAGAUCAAGGUAACUCUUUCAUCAGAUGGUGAGAUGAAAGCAACUCUUUCAACAGAUGGUGAGAUGAAAGUACCUCUUUCAUCAGAUGGUGAGAUGAAAGUAAUUCUUUCAUCAGAUGGUGAGAUGAAAGUACCUCUUUCAUCAGAUGGUGAGAUGAAAGCAACUCUUUCAUCAGAUGGUGAGAUGAAAGCAACUCUUUCUUCAGAGGGUGAGAUGAAAGUAACUCUUUCAUCAGAUGGUGAGAUGAAAGCAACUCUUUCUUCAGAUGGUGAGAUGAAAGUAACUCUUUCAUCAGAUGGUGAGAUGAAAGUACCUCUUUCAUCAGAUGGUGAGAUGAAAGUACCUCUUUCAUCAGAUGGUGAGAUGAAAGUAACUCUUUCAUCAGAUGGUGAGAUGAAAGUACCUCUUUCAUCAGAUGGCCCCAUUCUCCCGCUUUCCAUCACCCCGCCCCAUUCUCCUGCUUUCCAUCACCGCGCCCCAUUCUCCCCCAUCACCCCACUCCAUUCUCCUGCUUUCCAUCACCCCGCCCCAUUCUACCUCUUUCCAUCACCCUGCCCCAUUCUCCCGCUUUCCAUCACCCCGCCCCAUUCUCCCGCUUUCCAUCACCCCGCCCCAUUCUCCCUCUUUCCAUCAUCCCGGCCCAUUCUCUCGCUUUCCAUCACCCCGCCCCAUUCUCCCUCUUUCCAUCACCCCGCCUUAUUCUCCCUCUUUCCAUCACCCCGCCCUAUUCUCCCGCUUUCCAUCACCCCGCCCCAUUCUCCCGCUUUCCAUCAACCCGCUCCAUUCUCCCGCUUUCUAUCACCCGGCUUCAUUCUUCCGCUUUCCAUCACCUCGCCCCAUUCUCCCGCUUUCUAUCACCCCGCCCCAUUCUCCCUCUUUCCUUCACCCCGCCCCAUUCAACCGCUUCCCAUCACCCCGCCCCAUUCUCCCUCUUCCCAUCACCCCGCCCCAUUCUCCCGCUUUCGAUCACCCCGCCCAAUUCUCCCGCUUUCCAUCACCCCGCCCUAUUCUCCCGCUUUCCUUCACCCCGCCCCAUUCCCCCGCUUCCCAUCACCCCGGCCCAUUCGCCCUCUUCCCAUCACCCCGCCUCAUUCUCCCGCUUUCCAUCACCCCGCCCCAUUCUCCCGCUUUCCAUCACCCCGCCCCAUUCUCCCUCUUUCCAUCACCCCACCCCAUUCUCCUGCAUUCCAUCACCCCGCCCCAUUCUCCCUCUUUCCAUCACCCCGCCCCAUUCUCCCGCUUUCCAUCACCCCGCCCCAUUCUCCCGCUUUUCAUCACCCCGCCCCAUUCUCCCGCUUUCCAUCACUCCGCCCCAUUCUCCCGCUUUCCAUCACCCCGUCCCAUUCUCCCGCUUUCCAUCACCCCGCCCCAUUCUCCCGCUUUCCAUCACCCCACCCCAUUCUCCCACUUUCCAUCACCCCGCUCCAUUCUCCCGCUUUCCAUCACCCCGCCCCAUUCUCCCGCUUUCUAUCACCCCGCCCCAUUCUCCCUCUUUCCUUCACCCUGCCCCAUUCUCCCGCUUCCCAUCACCCCGCCCCAUUCUCCCUCUUCCCAUCACCCCGCCCCAUUCUCCCGCUUUCGAUCACCUCGCCCCAUUCUCCCACUUUCCAUAACCCCUCCCCAUUCUCCCGCUUUCCAUCACCCCGCCCCAUUCUCCCGCUUUCCACCACCCCGCCCCAUUCUCCCUCUUUCCAUCACCCCGCCCCAUUCUCCCGCUUUCCAUCACCCCGCCCCAUUCGCCUGCUUUCCAUCACCCCGCCCCAUUCUCCCACUUUCCAUCAUCCUGCCCCAUUCUCCCGCUUUCCAUCACUCCGCCCCAUUCUCCAACUUUCCAUCACCCCGCCCGCCUAUCUCUAG